GACUAGGGAAGAUCCGAGGCGCGUCUCACUCACCUCAACUUAAUUCUAAACACCCCCCAAAACCAUCCAAAACCACCUGUAAAUUGAACAAAACUCCUAUUGAACCUCAAAAUGGCAGAUGAGGUUGAACCCAAGAGGCUGAGCCAACCAUUCUCAAUCCCAGACCCAACCAGCUUCUCCAACUUCCAGCGCGACAUCUACCAAUCCUUCCGUCCCCCAAUCUUCUCAACAAACCCCACAGAAUGGGAGUCCCUAGCCAAGGAAAAGAUCCCCGCUACCAAUUUUGGCUACGUCUACGGUUCAGCUAGCAGUGCUGCUACUGCGAAAGCCAAUAGUGAAGCGUUCAGCCGAUAUCGGUUGAAACCGCGUUUCCUUGUCGAUGUCACCAGGCGCGAUGUUGAUGUUGAGCUAUUCGGUACAAAGUACAAGAGCCCGCUGCUUGUAGCGCCUAUUGGCGUGCAGAGUAUCUUGCACCCCGAUGCGGAGGAGGCUACGGCGAGGGCGUGCCAUAACGUCGGCAUGCCGAUGAUUCUAUCGACUGCUGCGACGCGCACAAUCGAGGAGGUCGCCGAGGCGAAUGCGGAUGGCGAUCGAUGGUAUCAGCUCUACUGGCCGAAGCCGCAGUUUGAGGAAGUCACAGCUAGUCUUCUCGCGCGCGCAAAAGCUUCAGGCUACAAGGUCCUCGUUGUCACGCUGGAUACCUUCUCACUUGGCUGGAGACCUACAGACCUCGACACGUCCUACUUGCCGUUCAUCUGGGGCCAGGGCUGUCAGAUUGGCUUUUCGGAUCCUGUGUUCAACAAGUUGUUUGAUGAGAUGCAGAAGAAUGAUUCGCGAAGUAUUGCCGAGAAGCUUUCUGAGCUCUGGACGAUUAUGAGACGACCUGGGACUGUCUACGGCGCUGCGAGGGUUCUCGCUAAUGCAAAGACUCUGAUCAAGUCGAAAGCUUGGAUUGAUGUGAUAAACUCUGGAACAUACCGCUCGUGGAACGACCUGAAGAUCUUGAAGGAUCUCUGGGACGGACCGAUUGUUCUCAAGGGAAUCCAGACAGUUGAGGACGCCCAUCUUGCUAUUGAGCACGGCAUCGACGGCAUCAUAGUCUCCAACCACGGAGGCCGCCAACUCGACGGCGCUAUAGCAUCCCUGGAUGCACUGGCGGAUAUCGCUGCGGACAAGAAGGUCAAGGACUCAAAUCUGACCAUCAUGUUUGACAGUGGUGUUCGAACUGGUUCAGAUGUGCUGAAGGCGUUGGCUCUUGGUGCAAAGGCGGUCUGCAUUGGAAGGCCGUAUGCUUAUGGUCUUGCUGCUGGUGGACAGGAGGGUGUUGAGCAUGUGUUGAAGUGUUUGUUGGCGGAUAUGGAUAAUAUGCUUGCGAAUGCUGGGAAGAAGAGUGUGAGGGAUUUGAGUAGGGAUGAUCUUCAGAUUUUGCAGCUAUCUAAGAUUUGAUCGCUCUUAUGCGGAGUAUCUAUGUUCUAGCUAGCCAUCCCAACUUUGUUGCAAUCCAUUAAAUACCCAAAAGUGCCCCAAGAUCUACUAAAGUAUAUAUCAUCAAGAUGAUGAGAAGAAAGAAAUACUACCCUUGAACCCUUCG